AUGCCGACCCUAAUUUCGCUCGUUUUAUUUCUCUUUUGUUCCUUGUCGCUCGCUGAAUAUUUUCCUGCCACCCCGAAAGACCUCAAACGUAUCACUUCACAUGUGCCCGGAGCCUCGCUGUCCUACAAACAGACCAACAUCUGUAACUCAACUACCUCAUACAGCGGCUACAUCCACUUACCCCCAAACCCUACCGAUGCAUCCCCCCACCCCAGCAACAUCUACUUCUUCUACACCGAGUCUCUCCAUGACCCUUCAUCCGCCCCAUUAACCGUCUACCUCGGUGGCGGCCCCGGCGCCAGCUCCAUCGGCUCCAUGUUCACCGAAGUCGGGGCCUGUAUGGUCAACGAGGACUCGAACAGCACAGUUCCGAACCCCUGGGCGUGGAAUAAUGUCUCCAACAUGCUGUUUCUGGAUCAGCCGGUGCAGACGGGCUUUUCGUAUGACUAUCUGACUAAUUCAACCAUUGAUUAUACCACGUCGACUGUUUCUCCGGCAGAGAUGGGAGCGCAAGUACCCGCUGUCAAUGCUACGUUUAGCGUCGGGGUGUUCGGAAGUGGCGAGUUGAAUGGAACGGUUAAUUCGACGACGACGGGAGCAAGAAUGUUCUGGGAUGCGUUGCAGGCCUGGAUAGUUGAGUUCCCCGAAUAUAACUCCACCGAUAACCAUAACCAUAUCAACAUUUGGACUGAAUCAGUACGUUUCUUCUCUACCUGGCUUUCCCCCAUCCCCCCUGCACAUCUACAUACUCACCCACCAAAGUUCGGGGGCCGCUACGGCCCAACCUACACGUCCUACAUCCUCGAGCAGAACAAGCGCAUCCAAGCCGGCGAGCUCUCCGCCCAGAAAAUCCACGUCGACACGCUCGGCAUCCACAAUGGCUGCAGCGACGUCGUGACAGAAGGCUCUUUCUAUCCUGAAUUCGCAUACCGGAACACCUACGGCGUAGAGGUAGUCACUAAGGAAAUCUACGAGGCCUCAAAGCACAAUUUCACGAAACCAGGCGGAUGUCUGGAUCUGGCGAUGCAGUGCAAAGAGCUCGGUGAUAAGCUGGACCCAUUGAAUUUGGGGGAUAAUACACAGGUCAAUGAGUUGUGUGUUGCAGCGAAUGAGUACUGUUAUGUGAAUGUGUUGGGAGGGUAUGUGGCUUCUGGGCGCGAUAUUCACGAUAUGGCCGCCGUGUCUACGGUCACUGUUCCGGCUCCGUAUAGCGAUGGAUUCUUGAACCGGGCUUGGGUGCAAAAGGAGUUGGCCGUGCCGGUCAACUACACUGCUAAUUCGAAUACCGUGUACUCUGCCUUCGGUAGCACCGGCAACGCCCUCAUUCUCCGCGGAAACGCGAUGGACGAGUUCGCCUCUAUCCUGGCCCACGGCGUCAAGGUGAAUUUGGUCUACGGAGAUCGGGAUUAUCUCUGCAAUUGGAUGGGCGGUGAAAACAUCAGUCUCUCAAUCAAGCACGAACAAUCUCACGCUUUCAAAAACAGUGGGUAUCAAGCUCUCAUCACCAAUGCCUCCUACACAGGUGGUGUUGUUCGUCAGCAUGGAAAUCUUUCGUUCACGAGGGUCUUUGAUGCGGGUCAUGCUGCUGCUGCAUACCAGCCUGAAACUUUCUAUCGCAUCUUCUCCCGCAUCAUGGCCUCCAAGGACAUCGCUACAGGCGAGGAAUGGCUCAUCGAUGACUAUCCGGGUAGGUAUCGGACCCGGGGCCCGCAUUCGAGCUUCGGGAUUAAGAAUGUCAUGCCGGAGCCUGCGGAGCCGGUGUGCUAUACGCUGGAUAUGUCGACUACUUGUACAGAGGGGCAGAAGGAGGCCUUGGUGAAUGGGACAGCUGUGGUGAAGGAUUUCGUGGUUGUCGAGCCGAGAAAGUAG